AUGAGAGUGAAUGAAAAAACUGCGAUUUCCACGAGCAACGUGCUUCUCGUCCCAUACGAGGCACAUCAUGUGCCGACGUACCACAACUGGAUGCAAGAUCCAAGCAUCCAAGAGGCAACUGCGUCGGAGCCAAUGACGCUGGAGGAAGAGUUUGAGAACCAGCAGUCAUGGCGAACGGCGAGGGAUAAAUUAACUUUCAUCCUAUGCGAGCCGCUUGACUCUGUCCCAGAGAGAGCCUUCGUUCGGAGGAGAGUUGUCGAUGCCGAUGAUAAGAUGAGGGGCGACGUCAACUUUUUCCUCUACCCGGACGAGGACGAAGAAGUAGAGGCGGCGCAAGACAGGGCGCAGGAGAGCAAGCAAGGGCUCGUGGGCGAGGUGGAUGUCAUGGUUGCCGAGUCGGCGCACCGCGGACGAGGGUUUGGCAACGGCGCAGUGCGCGCGCUGCUGACCUACUUGCAGGACCAUCUCGAGGAGAUGAUGACAGAAUAUGCCCAGCAGGAUGGUGCGAUGAAGGGCAGGAAGGUCGAGCUUCGGGGCCUCAUGGCCAAGAUCCAGGAGGCCAACGCAGGCAGCCGGGCGUUAUUUCGCAACCUGGGCUUCACCCAGAAGGGAGAGGUGAACUACUUUGGGGAGGUGACGGUGGUGAUGAGCUGGGAAGAUUUGACGAAGAGGGACGUUCACGACCCUCUCUCCUCCUCGCCCAUCCCUCACCCCCCUCCGCCGACCUGCGGCCCUCACAAGCUUCACGCCCGCAUCGAUGACGGUGGCCGAUGUCGUUCCGGUGAGCGCCGUCUCGGCCCACCCGGCGCUCGCUGGCCUGCAACUGCGCUUCGGCCCGCGCAACACGAUGAAUGGACACACCCGGCUCGUCCAGAAGCGGCGACACGGCUUUCUCUACCGCAUGAAGACGAAGACCGGGCGAAGGAUUCUGCACAGGCGCCGGAUGAAGGGACGGAGGCACGUCGCAUGGUAGCCAAGGCCGAGCCUGCGUAG